AUUCUUGACAAAAUUGAAACAAGAUGAACGACAUGAUAGAAAUUCUGGAAUAUCUUCACAAGUUUGUGCCAAAUGCAAGGAAUGCUGACGAAAUAGAAAAUCUAACAGAGAGGGAGGACAGGGGGCCUAUGCGAGUCAUACCGUUGGGAGGUGACCAGUUAACCUGUGAACCCAGUGAGCAUUAGGGGGGCUCAUAUGGCACGGUUCGAUGCAGAUAGUCUAGAGGAGAGGCUGGAAGGCUGUGCGUCCAUGAUGGAAGAUUUCCAUGAGAAGAUGAAUUUUUUACAGAUGAUAAUGGACAGAUUUUACAACAGUGGAAGUGCAAGGGAACCUGGAACUUUAUAUCACUUAAAGAGUGUGAUUAACAGAAGAAAUGUCAGCAGUACUGUGUCAAAAGACUAUCAUGCUGACAAUGCUUUUAUAGACUUAGUUGGAGAAAGCCAUGUCAUUUCCCUUGCAAUAACACAUUUUGAAAUGGCAGAUCUUAAUGCACCAUGCAAAGUUUUCCCACAUGGCAUUCAUCUAGUAGACAUUGAUCAUAAGAAGAGGAUUCUUCGAAACCUUGUUGGUGAGCUGGUUGACAGCCAUAUAAUGAACAUACUAUCCCAAACCCUUAAUAGAGAACAGCAUUGUGAAGAUGAAAAUAAUGACAGAAUUUAUAACUAUGCGACCAAUUUUUUGAAAUUCUGGCUUUUACGUAAAAUAAGCAUAGUGGCCACAAGAAGUGGAGAUGGGAUGCGCAUUUUACGUCAUUGGAAAUAUGGUAUGCUGCUCUAUCAUACUGCGCAUAAGACAAAGUACAGACUGGAAGCCUUCCUGCUAAUUGCCUGCACCAUUGCUCUCUUCACCCCAAAACAACAACAUCAAGUUAUAUGGAAUAGAUUUGUCAAUUUAAGUGGUGGAAGGGGGAAAAUUUAGAUGGGGAUUAUGUAAUGGAACUUUUAAGAAAAAUAUGCCAAGGCAAGGGUAAAACUAAUAGGACCAACCCAUUCCCCAGAGGCUGUACUAAGAAUAGGUAAAACCAUGAUGUUUUGCCAUGACAUUUCUAGAAACCUGGAAUGUCAGGUGGGAGCUGCACCUAUAUCUAGGAAACACAAAGCCCAGGAUACCACCGGAGACCUGACAAAACUUGUAAGAGAAUUACAAAAAGCAAGUGUUUUUACCUGUACACCUGAAAGGGCCUACAACUCAUUUCAAAAUGAGCCAUCAGAUAUUUUUACACAAUUCAAUGUCAUUGAAUUCCACAAGUGGAUGAAUGCAAAGAAGAAGCAAUAUGCUGGAAAUAAACAAGCCUUUUAAAUACAUGUCGUGUACAUUACGCACUGGAGGCUCCUCAACCAUAUCCACAGCCUUCACUAGGGAUUCCUCUUCUAAGUCCAGAACUGCAGCAGAGUCAGAAGGACAGUCACCACAUUCACAGUCGUUCUUGCAGUUAUC